AUGACUGACAGGGAGGUUUUAAAGGUUGUUCUGCAUGGAGUGACCAGUGCUGUACCAGGAGCUCUGUCAGUCUGUGUGGUUUCCAUGGUGGUACUCAUCGGAGGCAAGAUGCUGAAUGAGCACUUUAAGAACAAGCUGCCUGUCGUUAUACCAGGCAAAGAGGAACAGCAGUUGCAAGGCAAAACAGAAACACUGAACUUGGUACAUAAUGUGAUAUAUGGAAUACAAAACCAAACUCAAGCAUCAACAAACUGGAGACAUCUGAUAGAUUGUCCUGGGCACCAUCCUGUCAGUGCAGAUGGACCUGGCUGGACACAGAGUCCAGGUGGUGGGACACAUACCCAGUGGGAACUGCUGGCUCUGGGUUUGUGUAACACCAUAGGAGGAAUGUUCCAGCGCUUUGCCACCAGCUGCUCCUUUUCUCGUAGUAUGGUCCAGGAUAGUACUGGUGUCAAAUCACAGAUGGCAAGUUUGGUAUCAGCUCUGAUAGCCAACUAUCUUGUUAAAGAUCGGUCACCUCUUUGAGCAGCUGCCAAAGAAGUCUCCCAAAGACAUGAACAUGAUGUCAUCUUUAAAGUUUUUUAUGUUGUUGAUUUGGGGUGCACGGUGGCAGAGCGGCUAAAAGCUCCUGCCUCCCAAUAAGGAGAUCGUGGGUUC